UGUCAACAUGCUUCUAACCUUCCUGGGCAUUCAAAGCCGUUUACGUAUGAAUAAUUGAUAAACGGGAAGAAUUAUUUGUCCAGAAAUGAAUUCUGAUUGUUAAAAAUAGUUUUGUGACGUGAUAAGUGACGUUGUGUGCUCAUCAUGAUGUCCUAUUUUUAUGGGACUCCAGUCAACACUUUGGAACCGGGUAAUAGUGCCAAAAGUGACAGGAAGAAGCACAGACGUAGAGUUCUCAUGAAUGAGUACGAUUUGGAGCCAGUUCAUGGGGGUCGUCAUCGACGAAGACAUUCGUCGAAGAGUCGAUGCCCAUUAAAAUCUAAAGGAGGUGCGAAAUUAAUCAGUGAUAAUGAGAAAAUGAUUGCUAAAUUGCAAUCCACUCCAGAGUCUGGUUUCAUGGAAGAACUAAGUGAGAAAGAUCACCAGCUUUCGAAAUACAAGACCAAAUGUUCGAAACUUGAAAAAUCAUUCCAAUCAAUUGAGCAUGAGAAUUCAGAUCUCCGAGACGCGCUAGCCAAAAACGAGAAGAAAUACAAUGAACUCCACUCCCACUACGAAAGCCUGAUAAAGCACGUCCAGUCCUUAGAACAGGAGAAAGUGACCUUGGUGAACGGCUACAAGAAGUUGAAGUCAGAAAACAGUCAGAUGGCUGAAGAUAUUUCACUGCUGAAGGUCUUGAUCUACAAAUUGAAUGUGGAAUUGGAGAGAUAUCAGGACAAAUUGCGAAGUAUUCAGUCUCAGGAUGAGUCUAGGAGCUCGAGAGGAGAGGAGAGUGAUCCAGGGUCAGAGGGCAGAAGAGUUUCUGAGUCGUGGGGUAGAGUGGACACUCAUGUUCUUGCACCUCUUCUGGACGCCUAUCAGGAGAAUUUGAAGGAGAAGGAAGAGUUGGUUGGAGAGUACAAGCUCAAACUGGAUGAGUUCAGUGGAAGGUGUAAGGAAAUUGUUGAGGAGAAUGAUAUUUUGAGGAAGGAAAUUGAACAUUCCAAGUCAGAGAUAAGCGAUAUGGCAUCGAACAUGAAGACCAUCGAGAAAGAUGCUUCCAUAAUAAAAGAGGAGAACGAAAUCCUGACAAAGCAAGCUUCCCUUCAGAAGCAGAAGCUCCACGAGAUCCACUCGAUAUACGAAAAAAAAGUUGAAUCAAUGUCACAGGACAACAAUCAACUGCAUGCAACCUACAUAGCUUGCAAAACCGAGCUGAGUAAUGUUCAGGGUAAAUACGAGAUACUGAACGAAGCCUUCGAGAAGUUGAAGAAAAACUCUGAGAGGACAAUGCCAGUAUCUGUCCACACCGAGGCGAUCGAGGAAUGCAGAAGGUUGCUCGAGGAAUUAAAGAGUCAGUAUGAGGGAGAGAAGAGAAAACUGCUGGGACAGUUGAAGAAAUUCGAGGAGACUAAUCCGGAGAAUGAGAAAAUGUUGGCUAUAAUCACAGCUGAGAGAGAUCAGCUCAAAGUUUUAGUAAAGAAUCUCGAGAAGACUUUGAAACGAAUUCAGCACAAAUUGGAGUGCAUGCAGGGUUCUGUGUGCUCGUUGCAAGUGUCCAGAGACUCUUUCAAGAGACAGUUAGCUAAAACUACAGCUUAUUGCGAUGAAUUAGUCAAGGAGCAGGAGAAAUUACUGUCGGAGAGAACUGAGCUCUUGUAUCUCUUGGAAGAGAGAGAAAAAGAGAACAAAAAUAUACAGAUGAUGGGGGACACCAUUGCCCAGCGAAUGUCUACUUUGAAGAGCCAAUUAAAGAAUGUUCAGAUAGGGGCGAAGGAGCAGCUGGACACUGUGGAGAAGCAGAUGAAGUGUCAAGAGAUGGGAGUGGGAAAGAUUAAAGCCGAUUAUCACCAUGAGCUGCACAGGCUCAAGCAGCUACUGAAACAAAAGGAGGACGUCAUUGGAAAAUUACAGCGUGAGAAAUUCGCAACUAAAGAUAAUUUAGAACUGGUGUGGAAGACAGCCACCAGUGAGGAUAAAAUAGUUAAGGAUGCUUUGAGGAAUACGAAAAACCAGAAGCUUUAAUUAUAGUAGUCAAAUAGUCAUCAACUGUUGCUCUCUUUUUUUUUUAAAUAAAUGUUUGGGAGGUUUGAUUUUUUAUUUCAUAGGAUGUAAGAGAUUUUUGGUUUUAUCUAUUAGGUAUAGUGAGUAGUCAUGUAAAAAAUGUACGAUAAUUUCUAGUCACGCGAAUAAAGUUUCUACUGAUGGA